GAACUCGGGCAUCUUUCUAGAGUAUCCAGUUGUCUUGAAAGCACCAUACAUUUAUAAUAUAGGUGCGUUCAGUUCGCUUGAACGUUUGCUAUGUUGCGGAACGGUUUGUACUGAACGACAUGUUUCCACAAAACGUUCUUGUACGUUCAUGAAGAGGCGUUGAGGUACGUUUGGUGGGUGUGCUGAGGUGUGGCUUGAAGCAAUAAGUAACGUAUUUAAAGGGUAAUGGCCAUGCCCUUAAAAUUUGAUUGGCUGAUAAUUGUACUAUUCCAUCAGAAAUAUUAAUAAAUCAGAGUUAAAUGCGCCGUGUAAAGUGUUGCAUUUAAUUCCUCACAAAAUCAACAAAAUAGCUACGUAUACAAAAAUAUACAAGACAUAUCAAAUGUAAAAGAUUUUGAUUGGCUUUAUAACUCGCCCAUAACGUAGUUUAUUUCAAAGAAAAUGACUUGUGUCCUAACUGUUAUGGUGAUUCUACAUGUUUAUAAAUAAAGUUUCACUCCAUUGAAUCAAGAUGGCGGCGUACACAUCGUCUUUGGCGACCAGAUGUUUAUUUAGAUAUUUACUAAAACACACUCAAAACAACAUUUGGUAUCCCACGAGCAGCAUUGCAAAAGGCUACACAACAAGCACAUGUAAUCCAUCCGCAUCACCAUUGACCCCCUUGAACCAAGCCAGGUCAGACACCUCGGCGUCCACCAGAACUAUCGAGCAGCACUAUGACAGUCUCAUCCACUGUGGCUCACUAAAGAAGGACACUCAGCAAAUAGAUGCUCUACAUAAGCUGGGGCAACUGCAGAAAACCCUGCGAGGGUAUUCCAACAGCAUCUACCUGACCCCACCCAAGCCUAAGGAGAAGGAGGCAAAAGACGGCAACGCAAAGCGCCAGAAAGUAAAAGACUCCAAAUUGAGCACAACUGAAGGGGAUGAUGCUCCCAUAGAAGAGGAGGAGCCUCUGCCUCCCCCACCACCACCCAGAGGGUUCUAUAUCCAUGGUGAUGUUGGCACAGGGAAGACCAUGCUUAUGGAUAUGUUUUACUCUCAUGUGGAUAACGGAUGUAAGAAAAGGGUCCAUUUCAACAGCUUCAUGUUGGACAUCCACAAAAGGAUCCACCGGAGGAAACAAAGCACUCCUCAACGGAGGCUAGGGAAAAUGUUCACCUAUGACCCCAUCUUGCCGGUUGCCAUGGAGAUCAGCAAUGAAACCUGUGUCUUGUGUUUCGACGAGUUUCAGGUGACUGACAUAGCUGAUGCGAUGAUUCUGAAACAGCUGUUUGAGACGUUGUUCAGGACUGGGGUAGUGGUGGUGGCCACCUCCAACAGGCCCCCUGACGAGCUGUACAAAAACGGACUUCAGAGAGACGCCUUCCUGCCUUUCAUCAACGUGUUGAAGACUCCCAUGUUGCCCUUUGUGAGGCCAUCUGGUUUUGGGGUGGAGUGGAGAGUUUGGGGAUGCUCCCCUCCCAACAGUGGACGUCCUGCCAAGUUAGAAAGGGAAUACUGCCAGCCCAUGGGCAUAGACUCUGGGGUUGACUAUAGAAGACUGGACCUACCUUCAGCAGGGAAACUCUACUACCUCACCAGAGAGCUUGAUGCAGAGGCCUUCAUGGAUACGCUGUUUCAGGAGCUGGCUGUGAAACAAAACAAUGUAACGGGUCCCAGGGUCCUGACGGUGCAGGGCAGAGAGUUGAGACUGGAGAAGACCUGUGGAACCAUCGCUGACUGUACCUUUAAAGAAUUGUGUGAUAGAUCAGUGGGUGCCAGUGACUACCUGGAGAUGGCCCAGGCGUUUGACACAGUGUUUAUCCGUCAUGUCCCCAUUCUUACCCUCACCCUGAAGGAUCAGGCACGGCGCUUCAUCACACUCAUAGACAACUUCUAUGACAACAAGGUGAGGGUGGUGCUGUUAGCUGAUGCCCCUCUGGACAGGCUGUUUGUCCACUCUGGUGGGGAGGACAGCCGCGACCGCCUGCUACUGGACGACCUGGGCCUGAGCGGGGACGCGGGGGACCGUCUGUCUCUGUUCACAGCGGAGGAGGAGAUCUUUGCGUUCCAGAGGACCGUCUCCAGACUGACCGAGAUGCAGACGGAGAUGUACUGGACCCAGGGGGACCGCAGUAACACUACACACACACAGAGAGGAUCACAGUAAAGUAACCCCAAAGACCUCACAACACAUAGAGGGGACACGUAACCAACAGCAACUUCUCUUUUAGGCUGAAGUACAAUAUAACCAGCCAAAAUACCUCAUAAAACACAAACAAUUGGUACAGGAGGGAUCAAUAAAUUGUAUCCCUUUACUGGGUAGUAUAACGUGACAAGCUAAAACACCUCCCAACAGACAGUCAGUCAGUCAGUCAGGGAGAUGAGAGCUAACCAUAGAGAUAGAGGACUUUAUUUUUAGUGCCCAAAAGGCCAUUUUAGCAUGGGCAGCGCCAUUGAGGACUUUCACCGUUUUGAAGUAGUCAACUGGGUAGAGCUUCCUAUGGAUUAGGGAAGGAUCACAUAAUUCCAUCCAGGUCACCAGGAGGGAUCAGUCCCCGUGAGGAAACAUUUCAUAACUGCAGGUGGCAGUAAAUCACCAACCUUGGAUUUAUACCUGUUCAAACAACACACUCUAGGUGGCAGUGUG